AUGGCUUCCAAUCGCGCUCGAGUGCCUGACCAGGCCUCUCCAAUCCACCGUCUGGCGAUCGAGCCUCUCUUCGACAGUCUCCCACCUCGCGACAAACUCUACGCUCACUAUCUCUCGCAAGCAGCCUGGCAUGGAGCGCGCAUCAUUCUGCGGCAGACCUCUUUAGAAUCUGAAGCCAUCUUUGAUUUCAUCAUAAGAGCCUAUCGUGCGUGCGAGGGCGAUCGGAGUCAGUUCGAAGAACCAUGCGCGGUGACCGAGGCUGAAGUCAAGGCUUUGUUGGGCUAUGCUGGGCUAUUCCUGUACAAUCUUGGAAACUUCUAUGGUGAGGGAGGCCAGAAGUUUGUACCUGAUCUUCGUAAAGAGUCUCUGGAGAAGAUCGUGCAAUGCGUGGGUAUGAAAGGAUCUGCUGCUGAGAACUUAGUUGAGGGUAUGACUGCAGUACCUCCGCAGAACACGGGAUAUCCAAGCGAUACUGCUGUGUCGAGCUACUACCUGGGCGACCGCAUCACCCGCACAGAGAUCAAGGAAAUACAACUAUUUAUGCAGGAAGAAGGCAUUGAGCCAGAGAAUACGAGAGUGCGAAAGACAAUUGAUAGCGGGAACGCCGUGUUCAAAGUUCUCCAGGCCUCGGUUGAGACUGGCAGCAGCAAGCUUACUCCAGCUGACCGACUUGGUGGCCCGAGGUUUCAAAUAGUGAAAGGAGACCAUCAGAACCAAGUGUCUACUAUUGGCUACUACCUCGGUCGCGCCGGCACCUUCCAAAGCGGAGAUCUCCGAGAAUUUCGACGAGGCCGGGAGAUCUGGGUCAAAGACAUUUCCCCGUCGAUCGAACACAUCUUCGGUUUCGUGGAAACUUAUCGUGAUCCUCAUGGCGUACGAGCGGAAUGGGAGGGCGUAGUGUGUAUCGCGGAUCCAGAAGAAACAAAGAAGAUGGAAGUCUUCGUGGCUAGUGCAGCGAAGUUCUGUACCUUGUUACCUUGGGCGACGGCGGAGAACGAGGGCAAGGGCUUAUUCGAGAAGGACGUGGUUACCAUACCCCAAUGUGCUAUUGUGCAUGUCUGCUGCCCGUAUGUUUGGGAAGCGUCAAAUCUCCCCAACUACAAUGACAUCCGCGAGAACCACGGCUCAAAGAACAUCAUCAUCGCCAACCGAAUGAGCGCGAAUCGCAACUCACCCGGCGCGUCCAUUUACCUCCACCCUUCAGAUGGCGACCACUACCAUCAGAACCUUCAUACUAUCCGCUUCGUCGCAACAGUCAUUCACGAACUCCUCGGCCAUGGCACGGGAAAACUCCUCGGCGAAACAAGCCCCGGUAUCUUCAACUUCGACGCCACGAACCCGCCACUCAGCCCUUUGACGAACCGGAAAGUCGAUUCAUGCUACCGCCCAAACGAAACAUAUUGGAGCAAAUUCGAAGACAUUGCCAAUUCAGUUGAAGAGUGUAGGGCUAUACUCAUGUCAGCAUACCUCGUCGAUAACAAAGACAUUCUCGCGAUCUUUGGGUAUGGCGAGAAUAGUGCGCUCACUGCUGACGACUUGAUAUAUCUUUCCUAUUUACACCUCGGUGUGGAAGGCCUACGCUCUCUCGAACACUACAACCCCGAUGACAAGAGGUGGACCCAAGCGCACAGCCAAGGUUACUUCGCCAUCUUUAAACAGCUCCUCAUGGAGGGAGACGGCGUCCUCACAGUCCACCACGACGCCAGCACCUCUGCCCUCUACGUUACCGUCGACCGCAUCAAAAUCAUUUCCAACGGAAAACCCGCGCUGGGUCGCUUGAUGCGUGCCUUGCAUAUCUGGCGGUGCACAGCGGAUAUCGAGGCGUGUCGACCGUUUUAUGAGACGUUGACGAGGGUAGAGGGGGUGUAUGAGACGUGGAGAAGUGUUGUGGCGACGAGGCCGGAGCGGAGAGCGAAGUUUGUGCAGGGCAAUACGUCCCUGAAGAAGAAUGGGGAGGUGGAGUAUAGGGAGUACCCGGAUAGUGAUGAGGGAAUCAUAAGGUCUUGGGCUGAGCGAAAUUUCUGA